AGGAUCAAUGAAAGCUCCAAAUUAGCCAUUUGUGAUAAGCAGAGCUGCCGAUGCAGAAUGAACCGAAAACAGUAGGACGGUGGUCAUGGAAGCCGAAAUCUGCAAAGGAGGAAGAGGAGGAGGAGGAGGAGGCAGAGUCGGCGACGAGGAGGAGGCAGAGUCGGCGACGGGGAGGAGGAGGAGCGGGAGAACAACGAGGAGGAGGAGGAGGAGGAGGAGAAGGAGGAGGAGGAAGAAGAGGAGGAGGCAGAGGAAGGCGAGGAGGCAUAGGAGGAAGAGGAGGAAGAGGAGGAGGAGGAGGGGGACGACAACGACACUUUUGCCACCGUAACAAGGGUCGAUCUCGWGUCCCCUUCGGCGAACUGAAACCGUUGCCGAUCGCUCGGGCACCACGCCUCUCCAUUGCUAUGGACGUGACAGGCCCGUUUCCCCGGGAUCGCCACGGCCAUGACGGUAUUCUCACGGUCGUUGACCGUUUGAGCAAGUAUGCUCGCUUCCUUCCUUUCAAGUAUCAUGCUGCAGCGCCUGAGCUCGCACGACUCUUGCACACCGGUUGGAUUACCAACCAAGGUGUUCCGAAAGACAUAGUGAGCGACCGAGAUACUCGUUUCAUGUCAACCUUUUGGACUUCCCUCAUGGCUGAGUCCGGUACGACAAUGAAACCGAGCUCGGCUCGGCACCCGCAGACGGAUGGUCAGACGGAACGAGCGCACCAGACCGCUCAGAUGAUGUUGCGUACGCUCAUCCGUCCCGACCAGAAAGAUUGGGUUGACCGGCUUCUCGACAUCGAGUUCGCCUAUAACACUUCGGUGCACCCGGCGAUCUGCGUCACACCAUUCGAGUUACAUCAUGGUGGAGAGAAAGCAUGGAUCUUCGCUGAUCUCCUUUUGCCACAGGCUGCCGACAUAGACGUCCCUUGCUCCCCCGCUUCCGUCCGGAAGUACCGAGACUUGCUGAUCAAAGCCCGCACAAAUAUGCAAAAGGCUCAGAUCCGCAUGCAACAUCAAGCUAACCGACGUCGACUUCCAUGUCCUUUCCGCGAGGGAGUCCUUGUUUGGGUCCUCUCCGACGAAUUUGCGCUUGAGCAGGACGUUUCACGCAAACUCCUUCCGAAAUGGUUCAGACCAUGGGAAGUCACUUCUGCCGUUGGAGACGAUCCCGCAGGUCCUUCCUUCGUGAUCAACAUUCCACCGCACCUGACAGUGCAUCGGGUCUUCCACGCAUCGAAGCUGGCCAUCUACACGCCACCUUCAAAUGACGAGUUUCCCGGAUGUCGAUCACAGGAUCCGCCCUCCAUGGACGGACAUCAGGAAGUGGACCGAGUCAUCACGCACCGCAAGACCGUGGUCAUGGAAGCCGAAAUCCGAGAACAAGGAGGAGCAGUAGGAGACGAGGAGGAGGAGGAGGAGGAGGAGGAGGAGGAGCAGGAGAACAAGGUGGAGGAGGAGGAAGACGAGCAAAAGGAGGAGGCGGAGGAGGAGAGGAGGAGGAAGAGUAAGAGACGAGGAGGAGGAGGAGGAGGAGGAGGAGGAGGAGGAGGAGCGGGAGAACAAGGUGGAGGAGGAGGAGGGAGAGGAGGAGGAAGACCAGCAGGAGGAGAAGGCAGAGGAGCUGGAGAACAAGUAGGAGGAGGAGAGGAGGAAGACGAGGAGGAGGAGGGAGAGGAGGAGGAGGAGGAAGACGAGGAGGAGGAGGAGGAGGAGGAAGACGAGGAGGAGGAGGAGGAGGAGGAAGACGAGGAGGAAUAGGAGGAAUAGGAGAAGAGGAGGGGGACACCGAUAAGUUGGAGGACGGGGGACAGGAGGACGAGGAGGAGGAGGGGGACAGCAGCGACGGUUUCGACGCGGACGUCGACCCACCCCCUGCAUUUUUAUGUUUUUUCAAUCAAUCAAUCAAUCAAUCAAUCAAUCGACCGAUCGAUGAAUCACUCCAUCAAUCAAUCAAUCAAAUCGGUUGAUUACAUUGGAUCUUGAUUGAAUGAAAAUCAAAAUCCAAUCGAAGC